UCUAAUCAAUGUGACAGCACAAAGCAAAAUCUUCAUGUUUUUUUUAUACAAAGUGUAUUCUUGUGGUCACACCACUGCUGACAAAUUGAACACCCCUGCUUACAUCAGACCCUGAAUCACCCUAGUACAGUGUUAGACGUCUGAGAAAAUUGGAUGAAAUUCAAUGGGAGAAGUUUCAGUCAUCCGUCUUCUUCACGGUCAUAGGGAGGGUCUUCUGGCUGAAUGCCUGAUGCUGAUUGGUCUGCCAGUGGGCCUCCUUUGCCAAGCCCACAGCUCAAGUACUUAUAUAUAAACUUCAGAUGCCUGAGUCAAGAAAUAAAGAAGAUUGGGGUCAUCCAAAUCCAGAGCUAUUUGUUAUCCUGAGAUCCGUCUGAUAUUGUGAGAUGAAGACCCAGCAGCCUCUUCAUGUGGCCACUCCAGUGAGGCAGAGCCUCGCCCUCACUAAAGUAGCGGGGACCUGUGUUUACCUCAAGCUGGAUUCAUCUCAGCCCACAGGAUCCUUCAAGAUCAGGGGCAUCGGACACCUGUGCAAAACUUGGGCUGAGCGAGGAUGUGAGCGCUUUGUCUGCUGUUCAGGUGGGAACGCCGGGAUGGCUGCAGCCUAUUCUGCCCGCCAGCUUGGAGUCCCCGCAACCAUCGUUGUUCCGAGUGUCACACCGAACCCAACAGUGGAGAGGCUGAAGGAUGAGGGAGCCACUGUGGUUAUCCAUGGCAAGGCUCUAAAUGAAAGCAUUGAAUACGGACAGCAGCUUGUGGCAAACAAUCCUGGCUGGAUUUUCAUCUCCCCCUUUGAUGACCCUCUCAUCUGGGAAGGCCACACGUCUCUGGUGAAGGAGCUGGAGCAGGACAUGAUGGAGAAGCCAGGAGCCAUAGUGUUGUCUGUGGGAGGUGGUGGCCUGCUGAACGGAGUGGUGGAGGGGCUGCGGCGUGCAGGCUGGGCUGAUGUUCCCAUUGUAGCCAUGGAAACCAUGGGAGCACACAGUCUUAAUGCAGCGAUGAAGGCUGGAGAGCUGGUCACUUUACCUGAAAUCACCAGUGUUGCGACCACGCUGGGUCUGGCGAGGGUUUCUGCACAGACCUUUAAACUGGUGCAUGAGCAUGAAGUUUUCUCAGCAGUAGUCACAGAUCAGGAGGCUGUAAAAGCUGUAGAACGCUUUGUAGAUGACGAGAAGGUCCUGGUGGAGCCGGCCUGCGGUGCAGCCCUGGCAGCCGUGUACAGCAACAUUAUCAAAAAGCUGCAGGAUGAGGGAAAGCUGGCCCGCAGCCUGGGCCCGGUGGUCAUUGUGGUGUGCGGCGGCAACAACAUCAGCAUGGAGCAGCUGAGGAGGCUGAAAAAACAGCUGGGUGUUAUCUAGUGUGGCUGUCCACCUCACAUCUUCCUGACCUUUCCUGUGUUCUUCCAUCAGCUGGUCUCGAUCCAUGACACCCCCGCCUAAAUUAUUCAUGUGCUCCAUAGACCGAAUCAUUCCAGACUGUGAGACCCUCCCGAGCACUGUGACUGACAUGUGAGAGGGAGCUGGUGGAGGGAUUUGUUUAUUGUGUAAAAACUAGAGAGAGUUCUUUCAAAGUAACAAAAUGUA